AUGCGGGGUAGACCCGAAUUUACCACUCUACGCACCAAUCGACAGGUCUACCAGGAAGCAAAAACAGUGAUGUUGAAAGGGAACCAAUUCAUUCGCGUCAGGAUGCAUGGUGUUUUCCCACUUCAGCUUUUCUUCGUACCUCAUCAGAUACCAGCGGUGACAUUUAAGCAAGAGGCUAUUUCCAAAUGCAAGCACUACGUUAUGACUCACAUAAUUAACAUUACAUUCGACCCAAAGAUAGAAUCGCUGGAUAAUGAAGAAUAUUUGGAAACUAUAAUCCUGCGUGAGGAUUUGGACCUGUUUCUCAAAGCUCUUGCUGAUGCCGAGAUUCUAUGCCCGGAUCCAUCUCUCAAGAACAAGCAUAGAAUCACUCUUCACAACCCUUUCGGAGGUACUUUGUCCCCCAAUUUCACGGACUGCAAGAAUCAGAAACAUCUCCAUGGCUUCAAAAACUUCCAGAUUGAUGGCAAGAUUGAACCAGAAGUGGCAAAAACCAUAUCAAACGAGAUCAAGGAAGACUCUCCUCCAAACCCACAGCGGCUGAUUAAAUGGGUCACUCUUCAAAAAGAGCUCGGCAAUGGGCUAUAUCGAGAAAUAAGUCCAUUAGCCGCCGGCGCUUUCUGGGGGAGGGCUUCUAGACAAGUCGAGCGACUCGCACAUUGCUCUCACUGGGCCCUCGUCAAGGCCGUGGGAGGCGAGCCUUUUGAGGACAAGUUCACUGCACUCUUUUUCCAACUCAGUGCCAACUCCCUACAAGGUAUCAUCGAGAUUAUCCCAACGUGUCCCCCUCCCGAGAUGAGUCAGUAUGCUGCAGUGGUGUCCCAAUUAUUCCACGUGGCAGGGAACGCUGACAGGGUACUGGGAACAAAGUGGACACCCGAUUCAGUACAAUUAGCUAAGCUUCACUACCGACUUGCUAUGAUAUAUCGUCUCGCAGACCAUGAUGCAAUGGAUGCAUAA